AGCCAAAACCAUUUUAUAUAAAAAAAAUUAGUAUAGAGAAAAAAAAAACCGAAAUGGUGAAAUCAUACAUUUAUCUCAUCUCCAUAGUUCUCGGCAUGGCUUCACUCUUUUCCCACGGCCUGGUUAUUCCUGGCGUCAACAUAGGCCAAGUAAGAAUUGAAGGUGUUUUGAUUUGUAAUACCAACGGAAACCCUACCCCAAUCUCGAAUGCCACUGUUUUCUUAACAUGUGCCGGCUCAACCAUCAACCUCGCAUCAGCAGUGACCGAUCUGUCCGGUGCAUUUACCAUAGUUCUCGACUUCAUAAAAACACUUUUGUUUGACCCUAGUUAUUGCGGUAUCGGAGUUAAUCUUCCGACGGGAGGUUGUGCUUUUAUCCUACCGGAAGACGUCCUCUACUCCACUUUAUCACUGGUCGGCGUUGUCCGGAUGGAUAAUACGGAUACCGCCGUUUAUAGGGCAGACCAAUUUAAUAGUACUCUCUUAUUGGAUAUGGAUAUCAUAACAUACGUAUUCUUCAAAGCCCCCAUUGGGCUGCUCAAUGUCCUCCAGACAAGGGCUGGAAAUGUUGCCAAAUUUGUGGCAGGCUCUUUCGUCCAGUCUACUUGCAAGCAGUUCCUUAUGUUUUCCGUUAAUUUUUUUGUAACUUGUAAGGAGGGGAUAAAAAGUGAUGUCAUGUCUUCCACAAUGCUUAAGUAUCGACCCUCUUUUUUUUCUUUUUUUUUCUUUUUUUCCUUCUUAAUUUACCUUUUGUAA